GGACGCUGUUGUUGAGGAUGUGGAAACUCAUAAGAGUGCUCUGUCCGGCGGUCGCGUUGCAGGCUUAAUGCUACAAUAGCACACUAGAAAAAAAAGAAAAAGAAAAAAAAAAAGCUUUUCGCAAGCUGUAGCUAAUAUUUGUAUGUAGUCUGCAGUCUCUAUGGCCGACUUGGAGAUGCCAGUCAAAACACGCGGAGUUGGAGUGUUCCUCGAAUUAAGGACAAGGCUUCAAAGUGGACUUCUAAUUAUCGGGAAAGAUGUUGCUGGAAACCUCGCUGGCGUGGUUGUGACCGGUGGCGAUUCCUCUCUUCACAUCCGGAUGCCUACAAAUGAGGUGACCUUAAUUUUGCCACCAGGAGUCUCCUAUGUGGAGGAAUCCUAUGUACCGACGACUGGAGGAGAAUCCUGUGAACAAGAGCGCCAUUUCAGGCUGCAAAUAAGUGUUUCACAUAGCAAGACUGAAGGGUCCUCAGACAUUGUAAGAACACUCCGGGCUCAGGAGACUUAUUGCUUCUACUGUCAGAGCUGUACGACAAGGCUGCUUGAGGAUAGAUUGUUCAAGCGAGUGCUUCCUCUCCCAAAUGGCAACUGGAACGCCAUUGUGGACGAUUGGUGCUGCCAUUCAGAUCCUUUCGCCAAGAAGAUGCUGCCCCGAGCUGAGGAUUGUUUACUGGGCGACACCUUCGUUCUCCUCACCAGGGAUGGCAGCUGUGAAAGGACUCUUCUCCAGGAAGUGAGCCCCGCUGACUCACAGGAUAAUCAAGAUCCAAAGAAACCUUGCAGCAGAAUGGUACUUGUGUCCUGCAUGAGCUGUUCCUCAAUUCUGGGAGAGGCUUUGACACAGGAGACCCUGAGGCUGUACAUCACACAAGUGUUGGUGGAGUCCAGUGUGGGGGACAGACAGCCAGAAUCUUCAUUCAGCAGAUCCCUCUUCUUGGAGAGGACUAUAGCAGCAAGGCUUGCAGAGGUUUCCAAUUCUAUGAGCUCAUUCCACUUUUCUGUCCAAACACCAAGUGGGAAACCUUUCUUACUGCUCUGGCUGCUGAACACCGAUUCCAUCGUGGCAUCAGUCCCAGAAUGGUCUGCUAGCAGCCCCACUCAUCAUAGUCCAUCACUGAGCGCUGAAAGAGCCCUUAAACUGCUCUUCAUAGCAUGUUCUCAUAUGGGGCUUCAGCAGCAAGACAUCGCCACCAGCUGGGAGGUCAAUGCCACAGGACACGCUAUGGUGCUCCCACUGAAGGUUUGUGAGGAGCUGCUGCAAGUGAUAGAAGACAGCAAUGCUGCACUACCUGGAUCAAUGCGUCACAUGAGAGCCUAUAAGAUCCCCCCCGGAAGAGCUGGAUCAAGUGGCUGGGGAGAGGGAAGUCUGGGCUUCCCUGCUUAAGCUGCUGCCCCUGUGACCCGACCUCGGAUAAGUGGAAGAAAACGGAUGGAUGGAGUUCAAAUAUUGUGUCCAAUCAAUUGCUACAUUUUUCAAGUGUAGAAUAUAGACUCUAAAUGUAGACAUUUUAUCAUAAAUUUACUUAAGUAAACGCUUAACAGCAGAAACACUGCCGGUGUUCUUUUUUUGAUAUACAGUAGCUUAAUCAUUUGUAUUCUACUCUCUUUAAUUGUGACGCCCACUUUCUAUAUGUGAGAAGUCCAAAUGUCAGGAGAUCACCCAAGACAACAGGGUUUAUCUUGAAGGAGGUAUAAAUGUCUACAAAUAUCCUUUGUAUGCCUAAGUUUAAAUGGAAGUGAUGGACUGCCUGUAUCUUAUUUUAACUU